AUGGCAGAUGAAUAAGCUGAAUUCUUUAAGGAAGUCUUAAAGUUGAUUUCUAACUUGCACUUUGAAAAUAAAAUCACAGAAGAUUAGAAGUCAGAAUUAAAGAAAUUGUUGAUGGACGAUGAGGAAUUUGUUAGACAAUUAAAGGAAGAAUAUUAAGAUGAAGGCCUCAAGGGAAUAGUAAACAUGAUAAUUGGUGACUCACUUUCAGAUUGUAGUUUCAGAGAUUUACUAGAUUUCAAUUAGGAAAAAAGAAAAAGAUCCUAAUCGUUAACUAUUUUAACAGACUCUUCAGAUUGA